AUGGUCUUCAAAGUUAGCAAAUGUGCAGAGGAAGACAAGGUGACUUAUGCUGCUUCCAUGAUGAAGUCUGAAUCCCUAUUCUGGUGGAAAAUAAUUACCAACCUAAGGGUUGAAGAGGCUGUAGCAAGGAUGUCAUGGGAUGAGUUCAAGGUGCUGUUCAACGAGAAGUUCUGCCCAAGAACUGCUGUAAAACAGUUGGAAGAAGAAUUAUUGAGGUUAGAACAAGGAAGCUUAACGGUCAGGGAGUAUACGACCAGCUUCACAGAGAAGACUAGAUUCUCAGAGCAUUAUGUCUCUACUGAGGAGAGACGGGUAGAGCGUUUCAUAUGGGGAUUGAAAGCAUCCAUCAGGGAGUUUGUCCUCACCAUGAAACCAACUACUUUCCAAAAGGCUGUGAAUGCAGCCGAAGUUAGAGAAAAGGAAAUGGUCCGCCAAGAAUCCGAGCGGUGCCAGCUGAAGAGGAAAUGGGAGGGUUCAAACAACGAAGCCCGAAGACAAAAAGCUGGGAACUCGGAAAGGAAGGUAUGGAAAGGACAAUCGGGCAAACCAUGUCCUAAAUGUAACCUUGUGCAUAGAGGAGAAUUCCUGGUUAAGCCCAGGGUUUGCUACCGGUGUGGGAAGGCUGGACACUUGUACCAAGACUGCAGAAUGGAACGAAGAGAGAGAUUAUGCUACAUCUGCAAGUCACCCAAUCAUGUGCAAGCAAACUGCCUGCAAAGGAAGAAGGAUGUUACGACCAUUCAAGGAGGAAGCAGAGGUGGGAAAGGAGAGGAACGACGACUAGAAGCACCAAGACCAAAAGGGAGGGUGUUCCAAAUGACUGCAAUCGAGGCUGAGGAAACCCUAAAUGUGGUAACAGGUACCUUCCUGGUUAAUUUUGUACAUGCAAAAGUGUUUUUCGAUUCUGGCGCGAAUAAAUCAUUUGUAUCCACUACAUACUGCCACAACUUGAAUAGAGUAGCUAAGCCUCUAAGUUCAUCAUGA